CCAUUCGUUGAGAUCAUACGAGAACUGCACCACGGACCGUCUCGAAAGCUCCAACCUCAGCAGUCGAACUGACCUUUGUACCUCCAACUACCACACCACCGAUCCAUACCGAAACCGACACAAUGGCCUCCCGUAUCGCCUCCCGUCGCUUCCUCUCGACGACUGCUCGUGCCUUCCAGGAGCACUCCAAGCAGGAGCUCAAGAAGGACUCCAAGCGCAACCCCGAGACCCUCGUCCUCGGUGCUGUCAUGGUCGCUGCUCUGGGCGGCGCUGGUUUCUACUUUGGCCGCUCGCCCACGACUUCGACUUCCGAGACCCCCGUCUCUAUCGCCAAGGGCGGCAUGCCCUGGGAGGGCAACGGCACCGGCAAAUACCAGUACCACCCCGGUGGUGAUGCCACCCAGCCUCCCCGCGACGCGCCCUCCGCCCUCAACACCGUGGUUGUCCCCAACGUGACCCUGCCCAGGGAAUUGCACGACAAGUUCAACAAGUGGGGUAAGGACGGCUACCCCUAAGCUUGCGAACAAGGAAAAGGCGGGUUUAUAUUGAAAGGCGAGGGAGAUUUGGGAAAUGUAAGGUAGACAGAGCAAUUGUGGCGGGCUUGACAAGACAUCAUUGUUUUCUAGACUCGUAAGGCUUGGGCAUCAGGCGUCGAAUUCUGAGAACUCUUCCAUUUGUAACAUCAAAUAUUGUCGGUUUCAGAGCGAGGAAGAAUGACUCGUUGAGAUGGUGACCACAC